AUGCGGGGCGGCAAGAUCAGAGCUCCCCCCCGCGGCGGCGCGGGCGGCGAGACGGAGCGGCUCGCGGCCGAGGCCCAGCAGAUGAGCGACAAGCUCAACGCCCUGCGGGCGCAGAUGAGCCGCGAGAAGCAGAAGCGCGAGGCCGCGGAGACGACGCGGGGCGUCGGCGGCGCGCGCUGGGGCAGCUCCGGCGGCGACCGCGGCGGCAUCCGCGCCUACGGCCGCGAGGCGCGGGAGAAGGCGGGCGCGACGAACCGGGCGCCCCGGGCCGCGCGGCCCGCGCGGAGCCCCGCGGCCGGCGACCGCGCCGCGGCGGCCGCCGCGGCGCCGCCCAGGGUCUUCGGUGCCUCCAAGGGCUACUGGUCCCGGCCCGUCGCCGAGUGGAGCGUCGCCGACGCGGCGGACUGGCUCGAGACGACGGCGAAGCUGCCCCAGUACGCGGCCGUCUUCGCCGCGAACGACAGGGCAGCAAAAGGGUGCGAAAUUCCCAACUUCAAAGGCUCAUAUCUCGGCCGUUUUCCACUCGCGAACGAGAUCGGCGGCGCGGAGCUCCUCGACCUCGGCCUCGACGACCUCGACUACCUCGAGAUCAAGGCCCUGGCCCACCGCAAGAAGCUGUUGAAGGGGGUCGCGGAGCUCAACGUGGCGAACAGGAACGGCCAGGUGCUCCGCGCGCUCAGCCGCGGCGACGACGGCCCGCCGACGGGCCUGGACGGCACGAGCCCGCUCAAGCCCGCGAGCGUGCCCGCCGACGGCCGGGGCCCGUCGCCGCGCAAGGCCCGCGUCGGCGGCGCCCUCGGCGCGCCGGCGCCCAAGGACCCCUUCGCCCCGGGCGACGCCUACGAGGCGCUGCCCCCGAGCCCGCCGCGGUCGCGGCGCGUCGCCGCGGAGGUCGCGCCCGCGAAGCAGCCCCUCCACUGGUCCGCCGCCGCGCCCCUCGCCGAGACCCAGGUCAGCGGCGGCGCCCUGGACGUCAACGGCGGCGACCGCGCGCCCCGGGGCCUCCUCGACGGCGCCGGCGCCGCCGGCGGCUGGAGCAACCCCGCGGACCUCGACGUCGGCGGCGGCUCGUCCCUGCUCCUCGACGAGCAGGCGGAGCAGGAGGCCUUCAAGCGCGCCGUCGAGGAGUGGCGCAGCGGCGGCAAGGAGAACGUCGCCGCGGAGAGCCCCACGAAGCCGGCCUUCGCGCCGGAGCAGUCGCUGCUCAACGGCACGUUCGACGAGGCCGCGGAGCAGCGGUCCUUCAAGGAGGCCGUCAUGUCCUGGCGCACGGGCGGCGACUCGCCGCCGAAGCAGGCGCCUCCCGUGGCGCGCGUCGCGUCCGGCGACGGCUCGCCGUCGAAGCUCGGCAAGUCCGCGCGCGAGGUCGCCGAGGACCUCGAGCGGCGCCUCGACGCGCUCCACGCGGCCCAGGCCCGCGACCUCCAGGACCGCAAGGACGCCGCCGCGAAGAAACUCGCGGCGGCGACGCUCGAGGCCGACGAGCCCGCGCCCGCGCCGGACGUCGCGGAGGAGUCCGACGACGACCUCGCGCUCGACCCGGCGGACGCGAGCGACUACGAGGAGGACGACGACGACGAGCCCGUGCUCCACCAGUCGGCCCACGUGUCCCUCGUCGCGUCCCAGCUCGGCGGCUCCGCGGACGCGGAGGACCUCGGCUACGUCGUCGAGGAGGAGGACGACUAG